GGAGACGUUCUUCAGCAUGUGCAAGGAAGCGGAGAUGUCAGCGAUGGACAUGACACGCAUGUAUGCGCUUUCUCUGCCGUCUGUGCUCCAUCGCGUGACCAGUGGGCGUAUCACACCCGUCUCACGCGAGAAACACCAGCGCCACAGGAAGAACACGUACUUGUACUUGAUGCAGAAG